UUUUUUAUUUCUAAAAUAAUUUCAUUUUUUUUUGUUCCCAUUGAGGGUUCUAUCUCGCACAGACAUUGAACACCAACAGAGCCACCACUGAUCGCGUUGCGUCACUGGAAACUGGAAUCGAAUCUAUGAUCGAUGCGCAUCGAAUCAAACUGUUGCAGUUCCCAAAUCGAAGCUGAUUUCAACCCUUCACCUCUGAAUCAGGGUUUUCUUUUAUGUCUGUAUACGUGCAUGGAGAUGUUGUGAGUGAUCUGUGCGAGCGGACGGGAUGAACGUGAGCCGGGCGGUGGUGCACCCUGUGGAGGCUCCGCCGGCCACGGAGGGUGCCGGAAACGUCGCGCCGCCGAGGGUGAGGAUGGAGGACGUCCAAGGCAUGCCUGGAACGCUCGGCGGCCUUGCUCUCCGUCUCUGUCAGUUCGUCUCCGCCUUCGUCUCUCUCUGCGUCAUGCUCAGCACCCCCGAUUUCCCCACCGUCUCUGCUUUUUGCUACCUUGUUGCAGCUGUGGGCUUGCAAAGUUUAUGGAGCCUGUCUCUUGCUAUAGUUGAUCUAUAUGCCCUUCUGGUCAGAAGAAGCUUGCAGAACUCCAGAAUUGUGGGUCUCUUUGCCAUUGGUGAUGGGAUCACAUCAACUCUUACAUUUGCUGCUGCAUGUGCAUCCGCCGGAAUCACAGUCCUCAUUGGAAGCGAUCUCGACAGAUGCGCGCUGAACCACUGCGCGAGGUUCGAGUCUGCAACUGCCAUGGCGUUUAUCAGCUGGUUUGCAGCUUCUCCUUCGUUUUUUGUCAACUUUUGGACUCUAGCUUCCAGAUGAUUUUCACUGCAUAAAUAAUUCUUAUAUUAGAUAUUCUGAUAAAUUCUGUGAGAAGACUCGUUGCUCUGCAACAAACAGACCUGUAGAAUCUGGGCUUUGAUAUAGAGAAGAUGAUGAUGGUGAUUGUGUUGUCUUAAUUCAA